CCGCGGCAGCGGCGGCUGAGCCUCGCUUUUAGCGAUGGCCGCGGAGCUGAGCAUGGGGCCAGAGCUGCCCACCAGCCCGCUGGCCAUGGAGUACGUCAACGACUUCGACCUUCUCAAGUUCGACGUGAAGAAGGAGCCACUGGGGCGUGCGGAGCGUCCCGGCCGGCCAUGCACACGCCUGCAGCCGGCUGGUUCGGUGUCGUCCACCCCGCUCAGCACACCGUGCAGCUCCGUGCCUUCUUCUCCCAGCUUCAGUCCGACUGAACAGAAGACCCAUCUCGAGGACCUCUACUGGAUGGCGAGCAACUACCAGCAGAUGAAUCCCGAGGCACUCAACCUGACACCCGAGGACGCGGUGGAGGCGCUCAUCGGCUCGCACCCAGUGCCACAGCCGCUGCAGAGCUUCGACGGCUUCCGUAGUGCGCACCACCAUCACCACCACCACCACCCUCAUCCGCACCACGGGUACCCAGGAGCCGGUGUGACUCACGAUGAGCUGGGCCCGCACGCUCACCCGCACCAUCACCACCAUCACCAAGCAUCACCGCCGCCGUCCAGCGCUGCCAGUCCGGCGCAACAGCUGCCCACUAGUCACCCGGGGCCGGGACCGCACGCGGCAGCCGCGGCGACGGCUGCGGGCAGCAACGGUAGUGUGGAGGACCGCUUCUCUGACGACCAGCUGGUGUCCAUGUCCGUGCGUGAGCUGAACCGCCACCUGCGGGGCUUCACCAAGGACGAGGUGAUCCGCCUGAAGCAGAAGCGGCGGACCCUGAAGAACCGGGGCUACGCCCAGUCGUGCAGGUAUAAACGCGUCCAGCAGAAACAUCACCUGGAGAACGAGAAGACGCAGCUCAUUCAGCAGGUGGAGCAGCUUAAGCAGGAGGUGUCCCGGCUGGCCCGCGAGAGAGACGCCUACAAGGUCAAGUGCGAGAAACUCGCCAACUCCGGCUUCAGGGAGGCGGGCUCCACCAGCGACAGCCCCUCCUCUCCUGAGUUCUUUCUGUGAGUCGUAGCGGGUCCCGGCCCCCGCCAUUGCCCUGGCCCGGACUCCCUAUCCUGUGUCCCCAGCCCUGGACUCCCUGUCCCUGCCAUGGCCCCGGCCUUGACCUGCCUGACUCGAGCUAGAGGGAGGAAGGACGCGCGGGCCGCGGGAGACGGGCGGGAGCACGGGCGGGUAGAGCACCUUGGCUAAGAAGAGGGCAGCGCAGCCUCUUAGACUUGGGCAGAGUUAGAGAGACCCGGGCGGUGGGAGGUCCCGGAGUAACUUUUCUCCAAGCUGGAAGCCCGCGAGGCAUAUUCCAAGGAGUCGCCAAGGCCGUCCGGACACUUCUGGCUCUGAGAACUUUGUGAGUGCCAGGGCCGCCGCUUUGCAGCCCAGAACUCAGUUCGCCCCCAGGAAGAGCAGAGGAGAGGAGAGGGACUCUGGAGUCCCCGUGGGCGCGAGGCAAGGCUGAGCUAAGGAAGGAAAAACGGACAGCUCUGUCUGUCCAGAGUAUGGUGAACACUGGCUCUCAGCCGGAGACGCGGGCCUCAGUUAGGACUUUCGGCGCGCGAAGGAAAAAAAAAAUCUCAUCAGUUUUAAUGCCUGCUCGAUUAUAUAGAAAAAAUACGAAAAUCUGCAUUAAAAAUAUUAAUCCUGCAUGCUGGACAUGUAUGGUAAUAAUUUCUAUUUUGUACCAUUUUUCUUGUUUAACUUUAGCAUGUUGUUGAUCAUGAAUCAUAACCCCCUUGUUUCUUUGGGUGAGAAGGGAUGCAGUUCCUGCGGCUGCGGCUGCGAGCGAGCAAGCGAGCGGAGUUUCAGUCGCCGGCCGGCUUGUAAAUUACCCGCCCGGCCAAACCACAUUGAGAAGGUAGCAGCAAGCUGAGUCUAUGUUUGGGUUUAUUAUUAUGGCAUUUUUUUGUUUGUAAGUAAAAAUAAAGG